AUGACAGCAGCAUUACCCACAAGCUACAAUGAGCAGGACAAGAUCUGGAGCGGAGCACCAAGGAGUUCCAUUUACAGCCCCGAUUGCUCUGUGGGCAAAGUGAUUUUCGUUACCAUGAAGAAUUGGCCACAUAAUGUGUGUCAGAUCAACGAUGACGAUGGCAUCACUCUGACCAAUAGCCAGGCCCUCAUCUGGGCCAUACGCAUAGCGCAGCAGCUGCAGCAGCGUCAACUGAAUCACGAGCAUGUCAUUGGCAUAUCCGGCAAAAUGACAACCUACAUGAUGCCCCUGGGCAUUGCCUGUUUGAUGAAUGCCACGCCCUAUCAUGGCGUCAAUCCAGCGCAGGACAUAGACACGCUCAAGCAUUUGUAUGCGAUAACGAAGCCAAGUCUGAUCUUCUGCGAUGCGGCCGAUUAUCAAAAAGUGCGCGAGGCAACUUUGGAGUGGAGUCCGGAAAUCUUUACGCUCGAUGCGCCGCUGGAUGGCGUGCCACAUAUAGAGACGCUGCUGCUGCAGGCGACAGACACCGAAAUGUGCUAUCAACCGCAGGCGCUGCAGCAAGGCGGAGAUCAAACCAUGGCCAUCUUAUGCUCCUCAGGCACCACGGGCUUGCCCAAGGCUGUCUGCAUGUCCAAUCGCAUGCUUAUAAUGGAAAAUAUGCCAGUGAAUAGCGAUACUGUGCUCUAUGUGGCCAGCAGUCUGGACUGGGUGAGCGGCCUCAUUGCCCUGAUCUUCAGCGGCGUCUUUGGCGUCACGCGCAUUAUAACGAAUCAGCCCUUUUCGCCGCUUAAUUUUGUGCGCCUGGUGCAGCAAUACGCAAUAAAUUUUACAAUUUUGCCACCGCGUCAUCUGAACGCGCUGAACGCUUGUCCGGCGUACACAGCGGCGGCAAUGGCGUCGAUACGCAUGUUGACCUACAGUGGCGAAUGGGUGGCCCAGGCGACGCUGCAGCGCGCGCAGGAGAUUUGCACGAACGCCACACUGAACACCACCUAUGCCAUGUCGGAGGUGCCGUCGAUUACGCUGAAUCUGGGCAUAGGCAAUUACGCAUCGGCGGGCAGAUUGCAGGCAGGCAUACGCAUGCGAAUUGUAAAUGAGGCGGGCGAGAAUCUGCCGCAUAAGCAGCUGGGCGAGAUUCUGGUGCACACGGGACGCAACUGGCCGGGCUACUAUAACAACGAGCUGGAGACGCGUCGCAUUAGGGACAGCGAGGGUUGGUUUCAUACCGGCGACUUGGGCUACUUUGAUGAGCAGAACUUCUUGUACAUUGUGGAUCGCAAGCGUGAGACGCUCAAGUACGAAGGACUGCACUAUUGGCCCAACGAAAUUGAGGCUAUCAUAGCGGAGCUGCCGCAGGUGCAGGACGUCUGUGUGGUGGGCACUUAUGUGGAGCAACAUGGCGACAUAGCGGGUGCAUUAAUUGUAAGCAGCGCUGGCGCUUCAAUUAGCGCUGAUGAGAUUCGUGACCAUGUCGCCAAACGCUUGAAGGGCAUACAUAAGCAACUGCACGCUGGCGUCCAGUUCACGGACAAGUUACCCAUCAAUAACAAUGGCAAGAUUAUGAGAAAGGAGGCACGAGAGUUAUUUGCAGCGCUGCAGGCAAAUUAA